AUGGCAGAAGGCGAUCCAAUUUUGUAUAGCCUGUAUGUCUACGCCCCCAAUAAAGGAGCUCCAAUCGUCUUCGCCAUAGCUUUCGCCAUUUCUGCUGUCUUUCAUAUUUGGCAAUGCUUCCAUUACAGGUCAUUUAAAUUGAUCGGAUUGCACUCCGUUUGCGCCGUAAUAUUCGCUGCGGGCUUUGCUCUUAGAGAAUACUCGUCUUAUCACUAUAUUUAUGAUCCAGAUGGAAGUGCCACUUUGAUUGUUUUUAUCCUAAGUCAGGUCUUUAUAUAUGCGUGCCCGCCACUUCUUGAGCUCUCGAAUUACCAUGUCCUCGGCCGCAUAUUUUAUUACGUCCCUCACUGCGCUCCUCUCCCUGCUUCUAAAGUCCUUCUUGUGUUUGGAGGCCUCAUGGCUUUGGUCGAAGCCUUGAAUGGUGUCGGAGCCUCCUUAUCCGCUAAUCCAUCGGCAUCACCCGGCACACAAAAGCUUGGAAGCCACCUAAUAAUGGCCGUCCUUGUCAUUCAACUCAUCGUUAUCACUAUUUUCGUCUGUAUGACUGCUACUUUUCAUACGAGGUGUAAAAAAGCUUCGGUACAAUCCAAGGCUAUCAAAACUCUUCUACCUACGCUAUAUAUGAGUAUGACGCUAAUCUUCAUAAGAUGUGUCUAUCGUCUGGUGGAACAUACUGGCAAUACAAAGGUAGAUAUUACUAAUAUUGAGGUGCUGAAACAACUAAACCCUCUUUUGCGGUACGAAGUCUACUUCUAUAUUUUCGAGGCUACUCUUAUGCUUCUCAACUCACUACUAUGGAAUGUAUGGAAUGCAGGUCGCCUGUUGCCAAGGAAUCCUAAUAUCUAUUUAGCACAAGAUGGAACCGAGGCCAUGUUGGAAGUGAUACCGGACAAUCGAUCGAUUUUGCAGAAGAUUGCAAAUGUUUGGUCUUUUGGGCUCUUAUUUCGAAAAAAGACUCCUGUGGUGGGAUUUGAAGAGUUGACUGAGUAUUCGAGAGUUAGUGGAAAUGAGCAGGCUGGUACGCAUAUGCUUAAGUAAUUGAGCUGAAAGGUAUAAUCGAGGCGACGCAUUUAAAGUCGUGCGACACUAGGUGAAUUAGGGAAGAUUGUGAUGGAGAAGUAUUGGCCGUUUAGUUACUCUUAUU